AGUGUUAGUGGGGAGAGUUCUCUGGAGCUGGAUCCCGGUCUCCUGGAGGACUCAGUCCUCACUGAGCAACAGAAGCUACGCCAUGUGUUGGACUGGGCUAAGAGUUUCCUUGGGACAAGUCAGGAUGGGCACAAUCUCAGCAGACCAACGAGAGCUGCACCUACCUCCCCGUGUUUGUACUCUACUUCAGCUGCACCUCGAUUCGAGGUUAGUGGAAGAGCUGCUGUCUCGAUCCUUGGAACCUUUCACAAUCUUGUCAGAAGCAGAAGUGUGAGAGAAAAUAUGGUGGACAAAUCAGAGCCUCUGACUGGGCUUCCAUACACCACCCCACUGCCCUGCCACGCUCUCUCCCACACCCCAGGUGGUCGUGUGUUUUCUGGGCCUGAGUUUAGAGAGAGCCCUGGGCACAAGGAGCUGGUCCUGUCCUCUGGGCCAAAAGAGGAUACCAAUGACCAACCACGUUUCCUUGGUCUAGACAACCCUCAGGCAGAACAGACUAUCCACAAACCAAUAGCUCCUCAUCCUGUGGCGAGAGAUGGCGUUUCCAUCAGUGGGAGCCUAAGAGACAGAGACAGUACCGUUACAACUUGUUGCUCCUCAGUGGAAACUAUCCAAUGGUUGCCUGGGUAUGGUCCUUUAUCCAGAUCCCGUGACCUCAUAUCAAGCGAUGGGGGUUGUGGAGAGAGAGAGGACAGAGUUUUGGGAAUGCAGGAACACGAAGAGGAGAAGGCGGUGGCGGAGGAGGAGGACCCAAAAACAGGCCUUGAGGGAACCAGUAGUAUCAUACCUUAUGGAUCCUCUAGAGUCGCACUCGAGGGUGAACGUCUAGAUUGGGGAGCCAACGGCCGGGCGUCAGAGGGCCUGAGUGUGUAUGAGGAGUAUCUGCUGUGUGUGUCCCGUUUGGAUCACCUCAGAACGGAGCAGAACCAAGCACCUGCGGACCUCAUGACCCUACCUGCUGACGUCAUGACCCUAUCUGCUGACGUCAUGACCCUACCCGUUGAUGUCAUGACCCUCCCUGCUGAUGUCAUGACCCUACCUGCUGACGUCAUGACCCUACCUGCUGACGUCAUGACCCUAUCUGCUGACGUCAUGACCCUCCCUGCUGACGUCAUGACCCUAUCUGCUGACGUCAUGACCCUCCCUGCUGAUGUCAUGACCCUAUCUGCUGACGUCAUGACCCUACCUGCAGACAUCAUGACCCUACCUGCUGAUGUAAUGACCCUCCCUGCUGAUGUCAUGACCCUACCUGCGGAUGUCAUGACCCUACCUGCUGACCAAAGGGCUGACCCCUCUGAGCGACCCCUGAGUACUCCUGCUGAGCUGGUGGUUGCUAAGCAACAUGUCCAUCAGGACAUCCACAAUGAGGGGAGACGUGCACCAUUGAAGAGUUCAGAAGUGAAGAACGGCAGAGGUAUCUCUAAUAGAGGACCAACAUCCUAUUCAGACAUUAUAUAAAACAGCAUACAUACUUUACCUACCGAUGACGUACACACUCAUUACAUACAGCUCUUUGCAAUGUAAAGAGACUCUGCCAUAAUGUUUCUGGGUGUGUGUUGUUUGUUUGUCUUUGGUCAGUGUUGCAGCCCAAGAGCAGCGGAGGUCAACCUGGUGUCAGGGGUCAGGCUCGUGUCAGAGGUUGCGGUCAUUCCUGGAGGUUCUGGGAAAGGUCAAGCCUCUCCUGGUCAUCCUUCACUCACGGAGAAGUGCUGCCACGGUAACAUCUAUCAUGAGAAAUGCUGCCACGGUAACGUCUAUCAUGAGAAGUGCUGCCACGGUAACAUCUAUCAUGAGAAGAGCAGCCACGGUAACAUCUAAACAUCUAUCAUGAGAAGUGCUGCCGUGGUAACAUUUAUCAUGAGAAGUGCUGCCACGGUAACAUCUAUCAUGAGAAGUGCUGCCACGGUAACAUUUAUCAUGAGAAGUGCUGCCACGGUAACAUCUUUCAUGAGUUACUAGUCUACUUACGUCUAUAUGGUGGGCCUCUGUAGCUCAGUUGGUAGAGUAUGGCUCUUGCAACGCCAGGACAGCUAAAAGAUGGCGCAGUACUGGACGGAAAAGAAAGACAUUUUACUGUACUUGUGCAUGUGAUUCCCGGGACCACCAUACGUAAACAAAAAUGUACGCACACAUGACUGUAAGUCGCCUUGGAGAAAAAUGUCUGCGAAAUGGCAUAACAAUUGUAUGUUUUUUAUUUUAUUCUAGUGAGUACUGGCACCUUUUUCGUUCCACUAAGACCACUGGAGGCUGCCCUGUGGCAAGUGUCACACUCAUAGGGAGUCACACUGCCCUCUGUAGUCUAUCAGCAGGACUGCACCUGCACACAGAAAGACAGCAGCGUGGGUGUAUUCAUUAGUGCACAACAUAGCAAACAGACAAUGUUCUGCAGCGAUAACGGGCAUUUCUUAUUGGACAAGUUCAGGUUAGUCCCUCCCCCCUUUUGGCCCAUUUGCUUCCAUUUGGUUCCUAGUGAAUACACCCAUAGCCUGACCUCUAGAGAUACUGCAGCCAGACAGAUUAGAUGAACUGUCACUGACAUCGCCCUCCAUUGGCUGCAGGUCCCAGCUCCCCAGUAGACCCCACUCAACAGGUGUAGUGUCUAAAUGGACGUCCCCAACUGAACAUUCCUGCUCUGGACCCAGACCACCAACAGCACUUCAACUCCCUCUGGGUGAGCACAGCAGAGACAACUCAUACACUAGAUUACUAUAUGUCCACUGAUUCACAUUAUAAUGUAUGUGGAAACACUUUAUACUAUAUCAAAUCUUAGUUUAUAGAUACUUUUUUUAUCUGUAGUAUACAGUUAACUCAUAAGUUAAAUAAUCACUGGUUCAUAAACAAUCUAUAAAUGAAUAAACAGUCUAUAAACUAGUCUAACUAAACCCUUUAUCAAGUAUAAAGUGUCAUUACCACAGUAAUUAAUAAACAAGUUAAUUAAACCAGUAUUGUUAUAACUCCAAGUAGUCACCAAUUAUUACAGAACCCAGUUUCUUAGAGAGCAAAGUUAUACAAGAAUCCAGAAUACAGUACACAAAAGGUUGAAGAAGUCACAUAAUGCAUCAUUUGUUUUUUGGGGAAAUCCAAGAUCUUGGUUUGAAAUUAAUUUAGCCCCUCACAACCUCGCAAUAGUCAUAAGACUUCACGGAUUUAGACAGAAUGAGAGCGAGAUUACACUCGCACUCGCACUCGCACACACACACACACACACACACACACACACACACACACACACACACACACACACACACACACACACACACACACACACACACACAUACUUAUACACACACAUACACACACACAGACACACACACACAUACAAACACAGACACACACACAUACACACACACAGACACAUACACACACAGUCUUGUACAGCUAACCUUGUGGGGACAAACAAUUCAGUCCCAUUCAAAAUCCUAUUUUCCCUAACCCCUAGCCAUAACCCAUACUCUUACCCUUACCCUAACCUUAACCCUAACCUUAACCCAAAAACCUAACCUUAACCCUAACCCUAAACCUAAACCUAACCCUAGCUCCUAACCAUAACCCUAAAGCUAACCCUAGCUCCUAAUCCUAACCCUUAACGUAAUUCUAACACUAAUUCUAACCUUAACCCUAAACCCCCUAGAAAUUGCAUCUGACCCCAUUGGGACCAACAAAAUGUCCCCAGUUGGUCAAAUGUUUGUUCGUUUACUAUUCUCGUGGGGACUUCUGGUUCUACAAUAAUAGUUAAACACGUCCACACACACACACACACACACACAGACAGACACACACACACACACACACACACACACAGACAGACACACAGACACAGACACACAGACAGACAGACACACACACAGACAGACAGACAGACAGACAGACAGACAGACAGACACACACACACAGACAUAGACACACACACACACACACACACACACAGACACAGACACAGAUACACAGACACAGACACAUAGACACACACAGACAGACAGACAGACAGACAUAUACACACAGACACACACACAGACACACACACUAACUGUUACAGGUUUAGGUUUUUUCCAUGUAUGUUUAGAGGUUGUUCUUCAGCACGUAUAGCUCGUUAGCACGUAGGGCACACUGAUUGGUGUCACCUUGUUAGUCAGUAUGUUUGACACCUGUCCUGGUUGCCAUCGCUUUAGUGGGAAGGUGUUUCACCUGUGCUGGCCCAGGUGCUAUUUAAGACUGGCUGGCCCAGUGCUCCAGUUGUCUUGCGAGAUGUGGAGGGUCAACCACUAGUUGGCGCUCCCUAUUCCUAGACAAACAAAUCCUUUAUCUGUUUUCAUUUUGCUCCACUUUUUGGUUUACUUCCUGUCUUUAAGUUUGGUCUGGGGUUUUUCCUUUUGUUUGCCUCUUCUUGGACAAGUUUAGUGGGCGCUCAUGGUGGGUGUCUUUUAGGUUCCAGUUGUUGUUGCUAGUCAACUUUCAGUGGACACCCCCACAAGUGUCUUUCAGAACCCCUCCUAAAACCCCACCUGUUUCAUUUUGGUUGUUGUUCAGUGACUAUUUGUUAGUUCCCCCUUCUGUUUGAGAUUUUCUUGCUGGGGAAAAUAACACUAACACAGACACACACAAACACACAAACACAGCGACACAAAUACUAACACACACACACAAAUCUCCACACAUUAAAAAAAUCAAAUAAUAAUAACUGGUAUGAUGUUUUGUAUCUGUAUCACACAUGCCUGAUUUAAAGCAUUUUGUAUAUCUUUAGGCACUGCUGUGAAUACCAAUGCAACCAAUAUUCCUGUGACCAGGGCUCUCAAACUGGCAGUAAGAUGCAUUUCUAUCCUUCAAAGUACUGUAUUUCAUUUCUGACCACUAAACAGUCAAACAGCUGAGCACUGGUUAUGUACAGUACCAGUCAAAAGUUUGGACACACCUACUCAUUCAAGAGUUUUUGUUUAUUUUUUACUAUUUUCUACAUUGUAGAAUAAUAGUGAAGACAUCAAAACUAUGAAAUAACACAUAUGGAAUCAUGUUGUCACCAAAAAAGUGUUAAACAAAUCAAAUUUUAUUUUAUAUUUUAGAUAAUUCAAAGUAGCCAACCUUUGCCUUGAUGACAGCUUUGCACACUCUUGGCAUUCUCUCAACCAGAUUCAUGAGGAAUGUUUUUCCAACAGUCUUGAAGGAGUUCCCACAUAUGCUGAGCACUUGUUGGCUGCUUUUCCUUCACUCUGCGGUCCGACUCAUCCCAAAACAUCUCAGUUGGGCUCCCGAGUGGCGCAGUGGUCUAAGGCACUGCAUCUCAGUGCUUGAGGCGUCACUACAGACUCCCUGGUUCGAUUCCAGGCUGUAUCACAACCGGCCGUGAAUGGGAGUCCCAUAGGGCGUCGUCCGGGUUUGGCCGACGUAGGCUGUCAUUGUAAAUAAGAAUUUGUUCUUAACUGACUUGCCUAGUUAAAUAAAGGUAAAAUAAAAUUGGGUUGAGGUCGGGUGAUUGUGGAGGCUAGGUCAUCUGAUGCAGCACCGUCACUCUCCUUCUUGGUAAAAUAGCCCUUACACAGCCUGGAGGUGUGUUGGGUCAUUGUCCUGUUGAAAAACAAAUUAUAGUCCCACUAAGCGCAAACCAGAUGGGAUGGCGUAUCGCUGCAGAAUGCUGUGGUAGCCAUGCUGGUUAAGUGUGCCUUGAAUUCUAAAUAAAUCACUGACAGUGUCACCAGCAAAGCACCCCCACACCAUCACACCUCCUCCUCCAUGCUUCACGGUGGGAACCACACAUGCGGAGAUCAUCCGUUCACCUACUCUGCGUCUGACAAAGACACGGCGGUUGGAACCAAAAAUCUCAUAUUUGGACUCAUCAGACCAAAGGACAGAUUUCCACCGGUCUAAUGUCCAUUGCUCGUGUUUCUUGGCCCAAGCAAGUCUCUUCUUCUUCUUGGUGUCCUUUAGUAGUGUUUUCUUUGCAGCAAUCCGACCAUGAAGGCCUGAUUCACGCAGUCUCCUCUAAACAGUUGAUGUUGAGAUGUGUCUGUUACUUGAACUCUGUGAAGCAUUUAUUUGGGCUGCAAUCUGAGGUGCAGUUAACUCUAAUGAAUUUAUCCUCUGCAGCAAAGGUAACUCUGGGUCUUCCUUUCCUGUGGCAGUCCUCAUGUCGUUUCUCUUUGCUUAUUUGAGCUGUUCUUGCCAUAAAAUGCACUUGGUCUUUUACUAAAUAGGACUAUCUUCUGUAUACCACCCCUGCCUUGUCACAACACAGCUGAUUGGCUCAAACGCAUUAAGAAAGAAAGAAAGAAAUUCCACAAAUUAACUUUUAACAAGGCACACCUGUUAAUUGAAAUGCAUUCCAGGUGACUACCCCAUGAAGCUGGUUGAGAGAAUGUCAAGAGUGUGAAAAGCUGUCAUCAACACUUUUUUUGGUUGCUACAUGAUUCCAUAUGUGUUAUUUCAUAGUUUUGAUGUCUUCACUAUUAUUCUACAAUGUAGAAAAUAGUCAAAAUAAAGAAAAGCCCUUGCAUGAGUAGGUGUGUCCAAACUUUUGACUGUAAGUCUGGGUUGUGUGUGUUGAGUGUAGUGUACUGGUGUGUGCGUUGAGUAAUCAGUAGAAUCCACUCUCUCCCCCCAGCCUGUAGGGGGCUGUGUACAGUGGCUGUCUCUCCCUGAUGAGGUAUGGGUGUCCAUACUGUCACUCCUGCCACACAGAGAUCUGUCUACAGUGGCUCAGGUCUGCCUCCACCUAUUCCGACUGGCCAAUGACCACACACUAUGUAAGUCUCUGAGGAAGUGAAUUAACAAGUGAGUGAGGUGUGUGUGUCUUCCUCUGUCCCCAGCUGUCCCCUAGUAAGACUCCCUGGAGAAACAGGAGUUAACCAGAGCUGUGACAUCACACACACACAACAGUAUACCCAUGAGCGUAAAUCAAAGUAAAAAUGUUUAAUUCUUUCAAACUGUAUUUCUCUUUAGGGCAGGUUGUUAGUGUGGAGAACAGCUCAUCUUUAACUGACCAAUGGCUGAGCAGUGUGGGCGGGCGUAAUCCUCGAAACCUAACUAUCUACAGGUGCAGCGGACUGUCAAUCACCCCGGGCGGGCUAGAGGAGUUUUUCAAACUAAGUCAAGCCUCUCUGGAGGUAGAGUUAACCCGUCACCUACAGUACCAACUUAGUGCACUACUGUGUUGUACAGAAAGAGAUCUAGAACUGUAAUAAUGUGAAGGAAACAAAAACACUGUUGUUUUCGGCCAGUUGUGAGACCUGUUCAUUGGCUACAGGAGCUGAGUGUGACAAGCUGCAGUGGGCCUGGUCUCCAUGGUGACCUGGUGCUGACUCUGAGUGCUCAACACUGUGAUCACAUGACACGUGUGGACGUCAGCUGGAGCGGAGCGACUGACACGGGCAUCAAAGCACUGACUGACACCUGCCAUCGGUAGGCCGUAGUGCCAUUAACAUCACUAAUACAUGGUUCAUGUAAAAAUGAUCACAUUUGGUGAUAUCACAGUUUGAUGUUGUUACAUAAUGAUAUGCGUUUAACAGGGCUUUCAGAUAACAUAAAUAACAUGGCUUAUGACUCUGUCUGCAGACUGAAGACUGUUGUUCUCAAUGGUUGCCAAGUUACAGAUGAAGCCUUGAAUGCCCUCCUCAUAAGAUGUAGAGACAGGUGAGUUGCAAUAUAGUGUGGAAAAGGAUUUUGUACUUUGAUGUGUGUUUGUGUGUGUGCGUGUGGUAACUUGUAUCUUAGUUUAUUGUAAUGUGUGUGUACCAGUCUGCGCAGGUUGGAGGUGUUUGGCUGCCUGUCUAUCAGUCCCUCCUGUCUGAACACAGUGUCAGAGUUGUGUCCUGGGCUGGAGACUCUGAACAUCGGCCAGAUCCCUAAGGUCACUCACCCUUGUCUGACCCUGGUGACGUCACGACUCAAACGCCUUCACUCCCUUAACCUGACUGGACUGCACGCAGUAAGUGUGUGUGUGUGUGUGUGUGUGUGUGUGUGUGUGUGUGUGUGUGUGUGUGUGUGUGUGUGUGUAUGUGCAUUUGUAUGUGUGUGUGUGUGUGUGUGUGUGUGUGUGCAUUUGGUGCUUAGUAGUCAUUGAUGUUCAUCCCACCUAUUCUGUAUAGGUGAGUGAUCAGACAGUUCACCGGGUCCUCCUGCAGUGCCCUGACCUCCAGAGUCUGACCCUCAGCUCCUGCCCUGGAGUCACUGACAUGAGCCUGCACAAGAUCAGCACCCAUGCCCCCCGCAUCAGGUAUGCUACUGUAUAUACUCACACAGUCAGCCUGUAAGUCAGUCACUCAUUCACUCAGUCAUUCGCUCUUGUUUCACCCGCGCGUGUGUGUGUGUGUGUGUGUGUGUGGUGUGUGUAUGCAUGUCUGUGUGUAUAUGUAUGUGUGUGUGUGUGUGUGUGUGUGUGUGUGUGUGUGUGUGUGUGUGUGUGUGUGUGUGUGUGUGUGUGUGUGUGUGUGUGUGUGUGUGUGUGUGUGUGUCAGGUUGUUGGAUGUGAGUGGCUGCAGUAAGGUGAGUGAUGCUGGUGUUAAGGCUGUAGCUGUGGCCUGUCGACGCCUGCAGCACCUGGACCUGAGCUCCACCGCCACCGGGAACAGAGGGUAGGUUAAUGGACCUGAGCUCCACCACCACAGGGAACAGAGGGUAGGUUAAUGGACCUGAGCUCCACCGCCACAGGGAACAGAGGGUAGUUAAUGGACCUGAGCUCCACCCACACCGAGAACAGAGGGUAGGUUAAUGGACCUGAGCUCCACCACCACAGGGAACAGAGGGUAGGUUAAUGGACCUGAGCUCCACCGCCACAGGGAACAGAGGGUAGUUAAUGGACCUGAGCUCCACCCACACCGAGAACAGAGGAUAGGUUAAUGACUCUGAGCUCCACCCCCACAGGGAACAGAGGGUAGGCUACACUAUCGGUACAUCUUAAAUGGCACUCUAUUCCAUUUAUAGUGCACUACUUUUAUAAUGUGUUUAUUAGGAUCCCCAUUAGCUUUUGCAGAAGCAGCAGCUACUCUUCCUGGGGUCAAUAGGGUUCUGGUAGUGCACUAUAUAGGGAAUAUGGUGCCAUUUGGGACAGAGACUAUGUUACAGGGACACUAUAAUACAUUACAUACAUCACAUACCCUGACUCAACCUGCACGUUAACUGGUUGCCGUAACUUUGUUAACACACAACAAAUUCCUUUUGUUGAUUGGAUUCUUCCAUUCAUCAGUACACUAUAAAAGGGAUUGGUCACUCACUAGCAACAAACUACUAGAUACUUUAAUGACCGCACAGUGGUCACUGUAACAGUUUGUUUGUUUGUUGACCACACUGCUUUAAAACAAUGAUUAAACUCUGACCACUGCUUUUAGCUUAGAGGCUUCACCAAUACAUCAUGACCGCCCGAUGAUCACAUGACCACGCACUUUAACUACACUGCCCACUCUGCACUCAUCCAUGACCGUAACCACUCCAUCAGGGCUCUAUGGGUACAGGAAGGUCACUGAGGUCACUCAUUAUCCGAGCACAGAGAGCAUCACCAUGGUCACUGGCCACACAGCUUGGCCUCUGAACCGUGACGUAUCUGUAUGCCAGGAGAACUCUUCCCUGCUGCCCAGCAACCACACCUUCACCAUGGUGAAAGAGUUAGAGACAACAUACACACAUACAGAACAUACACAUCUACAAAGGUAUGCACGCACGCACACACACACAGAUGGUGCUGACAGACAUGGCAGCUCUGCUUCUAGCUCCUAAGCAACUUUGCAGUAUUUCGUUUUUUUUGUGUGUAAUUUGUUACAUUAUUAGCCCAGCACGUUUUUUGUGUUAUUACAUACAGCCGGAAAUAACUUUUGGAUAUCAGAGUGGCGGUAACUCACCAGCAUUACGACCAGGAAUACGACUUUCCUGAAUUGGAUUCUUUGUUCGUACCCCAAGGGCAAUUUAACUUAUCCCAGAGGCUGCUCCAAGACAGCGCCGGCGAAGAAGACAUAUUCGGAGUUGUCACGUCCUAGACACCUGUCCACCUCGGGGACGGCCAGGAGGACGCAGAGCAGGGCGAGUUGGGUGACUCCGGUGGAACUCUGUCAACAGGGAGGGAUCUAGGAUGUCCCUCCUAGGGACCCAGCACCGUUCCUCCGGACCGUACCCUUCCCACUCCACGAGAUACUGCAGACCCCCCAUCCGACGCCUCGAAUCCACGAUGGAACGGACUGAGUACGCCGGAGCCCCUUCGAUGUCUAGUGGGGGCGGAGGGGCCUCUCGUACCUCAUUCUCCUGGAGUGGACCAGCUACCAACGGCCUGAGGAGAGACACAUGGAACGAGGGGUUAAUGCGAUAAUUAACAGGCAGCUGUAACCUAUAACAUACCUCGUUCAAUCUCCUCAGGACUUUAAAUGGCCCCACAAACCGCCGGCCCAGCUUCUAAACGUUCCAUGAACGCCCUCCACACUCUAGAGGUGAACUGGGGACCCGAUCAGACACUAUAUCCUCAGGCACCCCGUAGUGCCGGAAAACGUGAGUAAACAGGGUUUCGGCCGUUUGUAGGGCUGUAGGAAGACCUGGCAUAGGGAUGAGACGGCAGGCAUUAGAAAACCGAUCCACAACGACCAAGAUCGUGGUAUUCCCCUGGGAGGGGGGAAGGUCCAUGACAAAAUCCACCGACAGGUGAGACCACGGCCGUUGUGGAACGGGGAGAGGUUGUAACUUCCCCCUGGGCAGGUGUCUAAGCGCCUUACACUGGGCGCACACCGAGCAGGAAGAAACGUAAACUCUCACGUCCUUAGCUAAGGUGGGCCACCAGUACUUCCCGCUAAGACAGUGCACCGUCCAACCAAUACCAGGAUGACAAGAGGAGGGUGACGUGUGAGCCCAAUAAAUCAGUCGGUCACGGACCUCGAGCGGCACGUACCUCCGUCCCUCUGGACACUCUGGGGGAGAAGGGUCUGUACGUAACGCCCGCUCGAUUUCCGUGUCGACCUCCCACACCACCGGUGCCACGAGACAAGACUCCGGUAGCAUGGGAGUGGGCUCAAUGGACCUCUCCUCUGUGUCAUAUCGUCGGGACAGGGCGUCUGCCUUAACGUUCUGUGACCCGGGGAUAUACGUGAUCUUAAAGACAAACCGGGCCAGAAACAUGGCCCACCUAGCCUGACGAGGGUUCAGUCUCUUCGCUGCCCGGAUGUACUCCAGGUUACGAUGGUCAGUCAGAAUGAGAAAAGGGUGGUUAGCCCCCUCAAGCCAAUGUCUCCACACCUUCAGGGCCUGGACCACAGCUAGCAGCUCCCUGUCCCCCACGUCAUAAUUGCGCUCCGCCGGACUGAGCUUCUUAGAAUAGAAAGCACAGGGGCGGAGUUUUGGAGGCGUGCCCGAGCGCUGAGACAGUAUAGCACCGAUCCCCGCCUCGGACGCAUCCACCUCGACUUGGAACGCCAAAGAGGGAUCCAGAUGUGCCAGCACCGGAGCUGAGGUGAACAGGUCCUUCAAAUGACUAAACGCCCUGUCCGCCUCAGCCGACCAUUGCAAACGCACCGGGCCCCCCUUUAGCAGGGAGGUAAUGGGAGCCGCUACCUGUCCAAAACCCCGGAUAAACCUCCGGUAGUAAUUGGCAAAACCCAAAAACCGCUGCACCUCCUUUACUGUAGUUGGAGUUGCCAAUUACGCACGGCUGAAACGCGGUCAAUCUCCAUCUCCACCCCUGACGCAGACAACCGGUGUCCCAGGAAGGAGAUGGACUCCUGGAAAAACAGACAUUUCUCUGCCUUCACAUACAGAUCAUGCUCCAACAGUCUACCCAGCACCCGACAUACCAGGGACACAUGCUCGGUACGUGUAGCGGAGUAUAUCAGAAUGUCAUCAAUAUACACCACUACCCCCUGUCCAUGCAGAUCCCGGAAAAUCUCGUCUACAAAUGAUUGGAAGACUGAAGGAGCAUUCAUUAGACCGUAUGGCAUGACGAGGUACUCAUAGUGACCCGAGGUGGUACUGAAGGCUGUUUUCCACUCAUCUCCCUCCCGAAUGCGCACCAGGUUGUAAGCGCUCCUGAGAUCCAAUUUUGUGAAGAAGCGCGCCCCGUGUAAUGACUCCGUCAUACUAGCAAUCAGAGGGAGAGGAUAGCUGUAUUUAAUAGUGAUCUGAUUGAGACCACGGUAAUCAAUACACGGGCGUAAAUCCCCAUCCUUCUUCUUCACAAAAAAGAAACUUGAGGACGCAGGAGAAGUGGAAGGCCGUAUGUAUCCCUGUCUCAAGGAUUCGGCGACGUAUGUCUCCAUAGCAGCCGUCUCCUCCUGAGACAGAGGAUACAAAUGGCUGAGAGGGAGCGCCGCGCCAACCUGGAGGUCUAUCGCACAAUCCCCCUGUCGAUGAGGUGGUAAUUGAGUCGCCUUCUUCUUACAGAAGGCGCUUGCCAAAUCGGCAUACUCAGGAGAAAUGUGCAUUGUGGGCAUUUGGUUCGGACUCUCCACCGUCGUUGCCCCUACGGAAACACCUACACACCGCCCCACACACUGAUCAGACCAUCCCUUGAGAGCCCUCUGUUGCCAUGAAAUGUUGGGGUCAUGAGAUAUUAACCAGGGAAGUCCCAACACCACUGGAAACGCAGGAGAGUCAAUUAAAUACAACUGUAUAGUCUCCUCAUGACCCUUCUGCGUUUUCAUCUUCAGUGGCGCUGUGACCUCCCUAAUCAAUCCCGACCCCAAAGGCCGGCUAUCUAGGGCAUGGAUAGGGAAGGGCACAUCGACUGGUAAUAUAGGGAUCCCUAACUUAUAUGAGAAAUGGCGAUCAAUAUAAUUCCCAGCUGCGCCUGAAUCGACUAGCGCCUUAUGCUGGGAGUAAGAAGAAACUUCUGGAAACAUCACUUGGAUACACAUAUGAACAGCAGAGAGCUCUGGGUGAGUUGGGACCUUACUCACCGGGAAUGACUCAUCAGUGCGCUGCCUGCUGCCUCGAAUCCGAGGAGACCCUCCCCAGCACCGAACCGCCGUGUGUCCUCGGCUUCCACAGUUGGUGCAGGGGACAGCCUCCUUCCUGGCCUCCCUACUACCAGCACCCCCGAGCUCCAUAGGGCUCGGCUCGGAGGUAUUGGGGGAUGGAAUGGACGGCCCCAGCGCUGGACGUCCGCGGGUAGCCAACAGGGUAUCCAAGCGAAUCGACAUGUCCACCAGCUGAUCGAAGCUUAGGUUGGUGUCCCUGCAGGCCAGCUCUCGACAAACGUCCUCCCUCAGGCUGCAUCUGUAGUGGUCGAUGAGGGCCCUCUCAUUCCAUCCCGAAUUGGCAGCCAGAGUCCGGAAGUCCAGUGCGAAUUCCUGCGCGCUCCUCCUCCCCUGUCUGAGGUGGAAUAGACGCUCACCCGCCGCCUUCCCCUCCGGGGGAUGAUCGAACAAUGCCCUGAAGCGGCGGGUGAACUCCGCAUAGUUCACAGUAGCGGCGUCUAUCCCUCCCCACUCGGCGUUGGCCCACUCCAGUGCCUUGCCGGACAGACAGGAGAUGAGGGCGGACACGCUCUCGUAUCCCGAGGGUGCCGGGUGAAUGGUUGCCAGGUAAAGUUCCACCUGGAGCAGGAAACCCUGACACCCGGCUGCGGUGCCAUCAUAAGCCCUCGGGAGCGAGAGCCGAAUCCCACUGGACUCCGGAACGCGCUCCUCGAGUGAUCCAGUCGGUGCCGUCGCUCCUGCUGACUCCAUGGUAAGGUGUGUGAUUCUGACUGUCUGUGAGAUGCGGUAAACGAAGUCAGGCGCAGGACACAGAACUCUCGGAUACGUACUUUUAAUACGAAAAGGAUCCAAAAGGACACAGAAAAUAACUCCACGCAGGGAGGAAAUAACCCGCUCACAAAAUAGACAACCGUGAAGGGGAAAACAAUCACACACAAAGUACAGAUGAGAGACAGGGGUAAUUAUAAGGGAAACAAUUAACAUAAUGACGAACAGGUGUAAACAAUACAGACAAAACUAAACAAACACCGAUAACAUCGAACGGCAGUAGCUAGUACUCCGGGGACGACGAACGCCGAAGCCUGCCCGAGCAAGGAGGAGGAGCAGCCUCGGCAGAAUCCGUGACAGGAGUGGACUUCUAGUCCGACUCAGGAGGCAGGCACACCAUCCUCCGCUUCCAAGUAUAUAACUCGCUAAUGUUCAGUCUCUGGACAAUAAAGUAGACAAGCUCAGGGCGAGGAUCUCCUUCCAGAGAGACAUCAGGGACUGUAACAUACUCUGUUUCACAUAAUCAUGGCUCUCUCGGGAUAUACUGUCCCCGUCCAUACAGCCAGCUGGGUUCUCAGUUCAUCGCGCAGACAGGAAUAAUGAACUCUCCGGGAAGAAGAAAGGCGGGGGUGUAUGUUUCAUGAUUAACUACUCAUGGUGUGAUUGUGAUAACGUACAGGAACUCAAGUCCUUUUGUUCACACAACCUAGAAUACCUCACAAUCAAAUGCCGACCGUAUUACCUCCCAAGAGAAUUCUCUUCGGUUAUAGUCACAGCCGUGUAUAUUCCCCCUCAAGCCGAUACCACGACGGCCCUCAAGGAACUACACUGGACUUUAUGCAAACUGGAAACCACAUAUCCUGAGGCCGCUUUUAUUGUAGAUGGGGAUUUUAACAAAGCAAAUUUUUGGAAAACGCUACCGAAGUUCUAUCAACACAUUGACUGUAGUACUCGCUUUGGAAAAACAUUAGAUCACUGCUACUCGCCUUUUCAAAACGCCUACAAGGCCCUCCCCUGCCCUCCCUUCGGCAAAUCAGAUCACGACUCCAUUUUGUUCCUCCCUUCAUAUAGGCAGAAACUCAAACAGGAAGUACCCGUGCUAAGGUCUAUUCAACGCUGGUCUGAACAAUCGGAAUCCAUGCUUCAAGAUUGUUUUGAUCACGUGGACUGAGAUAUUUUCUGGGUAGCCUCAGAGAAUAACAUUGAUGUUUACACGGACACGGAAGUGUAUAGGGGAUGUUGUUCCCACGGUGUCUAUUAAAACCUACCCAAACCAGACACCGUGGAUAGAUGGCAGCAUUCGUGUAAAACUGAAAGCACGAACCACACAUAUUGUUAGAUACUACUGCACUGUUGGAGCUAGGAACACACGCAUUUUGCUACACCCGCAAUCAAAUCUGCUAAAUAUGUUUAUGUGACCAAUAACAUUUGAUUUAAUUUGACAUACACACACACACACGUGCCCACACACAGAGGGCCGUAGCCAGGGACAUUUUAAGAAAGUUAAAGUUCAUUUACUGCAUUUCUAUUCAAUUUAAAAACUCUAAAAUGCUAUUUGGAAAAAAUGACCCCAGCCAUUGUCACAUUGGUUGCUGUAGCUUCGUUCACACUACCUCAGCACCGGGAUUAAAAACUAUAAUUGAAAACGUAUGAUCUAUUAGCAGAAAAAAGUAUUUUAUUAACAAAAGGUAAACAAAUGUGCUUUCCAUAAAUAUUUUUUUUGGGCCGUUUUACAGCAAAUCUCCUACAAUUUUACACAUUUUGGCAUGACUUAUGCUUUGUUAAUAUGAUAUUUGAGAGUGACUAACAAAAUCAAUGGGACCCCCCUGGAGGUAAGGGUCCCGGGCAGUGGAAAAAAGUACUUAAUAAAAAUACUUUAAAGUAUUACAUAAGUUGUUUUUUGGGGGUAUCUGUAAUUUACUUUACCGUUUAUAUUAUGACAACUUAUACUUAUACUCCACUACAUUCCUAAAGAAAAUAAUGUACUUUUUACUCCAUACAUUUUCCCUGACACCCAAAAGUACUCGUUUACAUUUUGAAUGCUUAGCAGGACAGGAAAAUGGUCAAAUUCACACACUUAUCAAGAGAACAUCCCUGGUCAUCCCUACUGGCUCUGAUCUGGUGGACCCACUAAAUAAUAAUAAUAAAAAUAAUAUGCCAUUUAGCAGACGCUUUUAUCCAAAGCGACUUACAGUCAUGCGUGCAUACAUUUUUACGUAAUGCUUAGUUUGUAAAUUAUGUCUGAGUGUUGGAGAUAGCCCCUGGCAAUCCGUACAUUUCAAAAACAAGAAGAACGUGCCGUCUGGUUGGCUUAAUUUAAAGAAUUUGAAAUUAUUUAUACUUUUACUUUUGAUACUUAAGUACAGUGCUAUCGGAAAGAAUUCAGACCCCUUGACUUUUUCCACAUUUUGUUACGUUACAGCCUUAUUCUAAAAUGGAUUAAAUCGUUUUUUCCCCUCAUCAAUCUACACACAAUACCCCAUAAAGACAAGGCAAAAACUGUUCGUUUUUUUAAUUUUGGCACAUUUAUAAAAAUAAUGUAACUGAAAUAUGACAUUUACAUAAGUAUUCAGACCCUUUAUUCAGUACUUUGUUGAAGCACCUUUGGCAGCGAUUACAGCCUCGAGUCUUCUUGGGUAUAACGCUACAAGCUUGGCACACUUGUAUUUGGGGAGUUUACUCCCAUUCUUCUCUGCAGAUCCUCUCAAGCUCUGUUGGAAGGUUAACCUUCGCCCCAGUCUGAGGCCCUGAGCGCUCUGGAGCAGGUUUUCAUCAAUGAUCUCUCUGUACUUUGCUCCGUUCAUCUUUCCCUCGAUCCUAACUGGUCUCCCAGUCCCUGCCGUCGAAAAACAUCCCCACAUCAUGAUGCUGCCACCCCCAUGCUUCACCGUAGGGAUGUUGCCAAGUUUCCUCCAGACGUGACGCUUGGCAUUCAGGCCAAAGAGUUCAAUCUUGGUUUCAUCAGACCAGGGAAUCUUGUUUAUCAUGGUCAGUCUUUAGGUUACUUUUGGCAAACUCCAAGCGGGCUGUCAUGUGCCUUUUACUGAGGAGUGGCUUCCGUCUGGCCACUCUACCAUAAAGGCCUGAUUGGUGGAGCGCUCCUUCUGGAAGGUUCUCCCAUCUCCACAGAGGAACUCUGGAGCACUGUCAGAGUGACAAUCAGGUUCUUGGUCACCUCCCUGACCAAGGCCCUUCUUCCCUGAUUGCUCAGUUUGGCCGUGGGGCAAGAACUAGGAAUAGUCUUGGUGGUUCCAAAUUUCUUCCAUUUAGGAAUGAUGGAGGCCACUGUGUUCUUGGGGACCUUCAAUGCUGCAGACAUUUUUUGGUACCCUUCCCCAGAUCUGUGCCUCGACACAAUCCUGUCUCGGAGCUCUACAAACAAUUCCUUCGACCUCAUGGCUUGGAUUUUACUCUGACAUGCACUGUCAACUGUGGAACCUUAUAUAGACUGGUGUGUGCCUUUCCAAAUCAAGUCCAAUCAAUUGAAUCUCCAACAGGUGGACUCCAAUCAAGUUAUAGAAACAUCUCAAGGAUGUUCAAUGGAAACAGGAUGCACCUGAGCUCAAUUUCAAGUCUCAUAGCAAAGGGUCUCAUGUACUUAUGUAAAUAAGGUAUUUCUGAUUUUAUUUGUAAUACAUUUGCAAAAAUGUCUAAAAAUCUGUUUUCGCUUUGUCAUUAUGGGGUAUUGUGUGUAGAUUGAUGAGGAAAAACACAAUUUAAUCAAUUUUAGAAUAAGGCUGUAACGUAACAAAAUGUGGAAAAAGUAAAGGGGUCUGAAUACUUUCCGAAUGCACUGUAUAUUUUAGCAAUUACAUUUACUUUUGAUACUUAAGUAUAUUUAAAACCAAAUACUUUUAGACUUUUACUCAAGUAGUAUUUUACUGGGUGACUUUUACUUGAGUCAUUUUCUAUUAGGGUAUCUUUACUUUUACUGAAGUAUGACAAUUGGGCACUUUUUUUCCACCACUGGCCCCUGGGCACGUGCCCUGCAUGCCCGGUCGGUAAUUCGCCCAUGAUUACUUCAAGUUUAGAUAGCUGACUAAUUUACAAUCUUUUCUUUUUUUUUACUGAGAUGGGCUAAUUGAGUGACUGUCAGUGAGUGACAUAUAACAAGAGGAAAGCUCCUGAUGCACAACCAAGUUUCGAAAUUGAAACUUGUGUAUUCUACUAUUCUAACUCUCAACAGUAAGUUGAGAACCUGACUGAGUUCCUUAACAAAUAAUAUUGUUGUUUUUUUUUAUUACCCAGGUCCGGGCCUCUGUGUCCUCAUAGGCACACACACACCAUUUAUAGAUGUAGGAUCUUAAUUUGAGCCAGUUUGCUACAGCAGGAAAAUAAUCAUGCAGCAACAGGAAAUGUGAAUUAUUAUGUGGAUUAUAAUUAAUGGACAUUUUUGUAGGGGUUUAUACAUUUUUUGUUAGGGCAAAUCAAGUCUGAAAUUUCAUAGUGGAAAUUACAAACUUUAAAAGCCUUCUCAUGUUGAGAGCUUCAAGUUCCUUGGUGUCCACAUCACCAACAAACUACCAUGGUCCAAAUACACCAAGACAGUCGUGAAGAGGGCACGACAAAACCUCAGAUCCUCAAAAAGUUAUACAGCUGCACCAUCGAGAGCAUCUUGACUGGUUGCAUCUCUGCCUUUCAUGGCAACUGCUCGGCCUCCGACCGCAAGGCACUACAGAGGGUAGUGCGUACGGCCCAGUACAUCACUAGGGUCAAGCUUCCUGCCAUCCAGGACCUCUAUACCAGGCGGUGUCAGAGGAAGGCCCUAGAAAUUAUCAAAGACUCCAGCCACCCUAGUCAUAGACUGUUCUCUCUGCUACCGCACGGCAAGCGGUACCGGAGCACCAAGUCUAGGUCCAAAAGUUUUCUUAACAGCUUCUACCCCCAAGUCAUAAGACUCCUGAACAGCUAAUCAUGGCUACCCAGACUAUUUGCAUUGUCCCCCCCCACCCCACCCCACCCCCUCUUUUACGCUGCUGCUACUUUGUUUAUUAUCUAUGCAUAGUCACUUUAAAUCUACCCACAUGUACAUAUUACCUCAAUUACCUAAACUAACCGGUGCCCCCACACAUUGACUCUGUACCGGUACCUCCUGUAUAUAGCCUCCCUACUGUUAUUUUAUUUUACUGCUGCUCUUUAAUAAUUGUUUUAUUUUAUUUUGUACUUAUCUAUUUUUUACUUAACACUUAUUUUUCUUUAAACUGUAUUGUUGGUUAAGGGCUUGUAAGUAAGCCUUUCACUGUAAGGUCUACACCUGUUGUAUUCGGCCCAUGUGGCAAAGACAAUUUGAUUUGAUUUGAUUUUAAAAAGUCAAAAACACUACAAGUUUGCAUUUCCUGCUUUGCAACAAAAUAAUUCUCAGCAACAAAAGUUAUCAAAUUAAGAUCCUACAUCUGUACACUGCACUCACAGUCAUGCAGAAGCUUGCAGGGUUGAUUUCUAAUGCUUGCGUCUUCCAUGCUUCUGACAUUCUUGACUUCUUCUUGGCUGUGUGUGUGUGUCACUGACUGUGUGUGUAACAUGUGUGUCCCUGACAGGGUGAGCCUGUUGGCAAACUACUGCAGCACUCACCUUCACACUGUCAAACUGAGCUUCUGCCAGAUCAGCCCAGAGGCCAUCCACAACCUCAGCAGGCGGUGCAAACGG